AUGGAGUAUGUGACGCAAGCACUAGAUGGUUCUGACAUCAACCCUGAAUUUGCCAUCAAAGUUCUACAAGAAAUGGCACUCAUAAACAUUGUUAAAGAAGACCGUCGUCUCUGGAUGCAUGACUUGAUAGAAGAAAUGGCAGAUCGAUUAUGGUUUCAUGAAGAUGUACAUGAUGUUCUAACAGAAAACACUGGAACAAACAAAGUUAAAGGCAUCAUUGUGAAAUUGCCUAAGGCAAGUAAGAUAUUCUUGAGUGCUAAAUGCUUUAAAAAGAUGAAAAAUCUCCAACUUUUUAUAAACGUUAAUGCACGCUUCUCAGGGGAGGUCCAUUAUCUCCCUAACCAAUUGAGAUUUCUUGACUGGCCUGGAUGUCCACUGCAUUUUUUGCCAUCCAACUUUAAUCCAAAGAGACUUGUUACACUAAAUAUUCCUCGAAGUCAAACCUCACGGUUCGGUGGAGGACUCCAGAGUUUCCCCCACUUGAAAUCUAUGAACUUGGAGGGUUGUAAAUCCUUGACAGAAGUCCCCAACUUGUCUAGAAUGUUCCCAAGCUUAGAGGACCUAUGUCUACGCUGGUGUACGAGUUUGGCUGAGCUGCAUCCCUCAGUUGUGUCCCUUGAAAAACUUGUUUACAUAGAUCUUAGAGGAUGUCAUAACCUUACAAUGUUUCCAAGAACAGACAACUCAACAUCCCUGAAAAGUGUACCUUACAGGUUGCACUAG